CGCUGCCCGCGAGUGUGCGCCGGCUGCGCGGCUCAUCGGACCGGAUACCCUGCACUCGAUCGGACAGAGAGAGAUCGGCGCCAUGCGAACCGUCGCUGAGAUUCCGCACAUGCACAUUUACCAGAACCCAGACCUGUCUGCCGUGAUUCCGGAGCCGGACUACUCGGACUCGGAGGAGGAGAGUCGGCCGGCCCGGUCCAGCUUCAGUGGCGGCAUGGCCUCGGACGGAGCGCUGGUGCCGCGCCGGCUGUCGGCGCCGCUCCCGCCGGCCGCCGACCGCCAGCAGAAGCUGCACAGGGAGCUCGCCUUUAACCAGAAAAUCGGUAAGAACCUGUUGGGGCAGAAGAGCGAGCUGCAGCGAGCCAUGGAGCGCCACCGCGAGCAGCGGGAGCGGCGCCAGCUGCAGGACCAGCUGCGAGACAACCGGACCAGCUUCGAGAUCGCGCUGGAGGAGCGCAUGUCACGCGCAGAGCCAAAGGCGCAGGACGCGGCGCCACCCUCUGCUGACGUCACGCCCGAGUUCCUCCGCGUGCACGCGCGCAUGCGGUCCAAGGAUUGAGGACACGAUGCCGAUCCGCGCAAUGCGGGGCGAUCUUGGAGUAUUGAGCGUAUAGAAGGCACAGGUCGUAGAAACCCGUACUGCAUUAUCCGCACCUGAGUUUUAUGUAAGAUAUGUACAAAGGUUCUAUCAAUAAACUGUUUUGUAAAUAGA